UAUUGAUCUGUGGAGAAUUGGGUGACUUUGACAAGGCUAUACUAGAAGGAUCAAAGAAGCCGUCUAAAUUUUUUUAGAAGAAUCUCACAAUACUUCCUAACAAGUUAUCAAUUAAAAUAUUUAUUAUAUUGUUUGAAAUAUUAAAUUAAAUUAAUUUUACAAAUGGCACGUAACAGCAAUGAAAAUGAUGAUGAUAAUAUUGAUCCUACCUCUGUGGCAUCAAACAUUAAAAAUUCCCUGAAACAGGAAGUAAUCAAAGAACUUCUUCAUGGUUCAUUCCAAGACAAUAAGACAAAACUAGGCAAUGAUGCACUAUCACUAAUUGUCGAGGUGGCCAAGUGUCUUGUUACUGAGACUUGUCUACGGGCAUCUACACAAGCUUUACGAGAGUCUUGUGACAAGGUUGAACUUGAACAUGUUGAGAAAUGCCUGCCACAGUUGAUGCUGGAUUUCCCAUAAAAUUAUGUAAGAAUAACAACUGCAUAAUUGAGAUUGAAUCUGGAUCAUCUAUGGAUUGAAGAUGCAGAUUA